AUAAAUACCCCGCCCGUCGACGCAUCGUUCUCUUUCUUUCACGCGUCCCUACCGAGAUCAUCACCUUGUCUUUAAACCGGCUGUUAAGCGAUCCUUGGAAGCACAGCAAAGAUGCCCAGGGAAGACAGGGCCACGUGGAAGUCCAACUAUUUUAUGAAAAUCAUUCAACUCCUGGAUGACUACCCCAAGUGCUUCAUUGUGGGAGCUGACAAUGUGGGCUCCAAGCAGAUGCAGACCAUCCGGCUGUCCCUGCGUGGCAAGGCUGUGGUGCUCAUGGGCAAGAACACCAUGAUGCGCAAGGCCAUCCGUGGUCACCUGGAAAACAACCCAGCUCUGGAAAAGCUGCUGCCCCACAUCCGAGGCAAUGUAGGCUUUGUCUUCACCAAGGAGGACUUGGCAGAGGUCCGGGACAUGCUGCUGGCCAACAAGGUUCCAGCUGCAGCCCGUGCUGGUGCCAUCGCCCCUUGUGGUGUCAUCGUUCCAGCCCAGAAUACUGGCCUGGGACCUGAGAAGACCUCCUUCUUCCAGGCUUUGGGAAUCACCACCAAGAUCUCCAGAGGAACCAUUGAAAUCCUGAGCGACGUGCAGCUCAUUAAGACUGGAGACAAGGUGGGCGCCAGCGAGGCCACGCUGCUCAACAUGCUGAACAUCUCGCCCUUCUCCUACGGCCUGAUCAUCCAGCAGGUGUACGACAAUGGCAGCGUCUACAGCCCCGAGGUGCUGGACAUCAACGAGGAGACCCUGCACCAGAGGUUCUUGGAGGGUGUGAGGAACAUAGCCAGCGUGUGCCUGGAGAUAGGAUACCCGACCAUUGCCUCUGUUCCCCACUCCGUCAUCAAUGGCUACAAGCGGGUGCUGGCUAUUGCCGUGGAAACGGACUACUCCUUCCCCCUGGCUGACAAGGUGAAGGCCUACCUGGCCAACCCCUCCGCCUUCGCCGUAGCUGCACCUGCGGCAGCGGCGGCGGCUGAUACUGCGGCGGCCGCCGCUCCGGCUGCGGCCAAGGAGGCGCCACCAGAGUCCGAGGAAUCCGACGAGGACUUGGGCUUCGGCCUCUUUGACUAGGCUGGAGGUCCUGCCUUCCUUGGCGACCAGGAUCCAAUAAAAGGCAAAACCAGUAAA